UUGUACAAUGCACUCGAACCGUGUUGGACACAGACGGUGCUCCCGCUCUGGCUUCUUCGGUUGUGUGCACAGCAUCAAGUUAGUACACAUUUAACAGACGGUUGUGACAAAUAAAGAAGAGUAAUUACAAGUGUUUAAUCGCCGGUUUAUAUAGGGUAAAGGAGAGAGAGCGAAAAAUCCAACAACCCUUUUCCAGCCCAACCCGCCGGCACGUAUCGAAUGCCAUAUUAUGCCUUCCGGUGGCAAUAAAAAGCCACCCUACCACAAAGGACCCUCGCCGAGAGGAGCAAAAACAAAACACCACCAGAACACGGCGACGACUGGCAGCAAAAAGCCGGCGAUUGCCGGAACUGGUUCCGGCAUCGCCGCCGACGGGACCGUCGAGGACGAGUUCAACUCCGGCUUCGGUCAAUAUUUGCGAUCGCCCCAAGCUGUGGAGAUGAUGAAACUGUUUGUAAUCGCGAACACGGUGGUGGUGUUUUUUACGAUGGCCUGGCCCCAGAUGCAGCAUUCCUUUCAAGUGAUUAAGUCCCUGUUUACCGGGAUGGAUGAAGACGAAUUGUGAAGUGUG